AUGAAUUAUGCUUCUCUUUGUUUUCUUGCACUGUUUCUCCUUCCCCUGGGUUUAAUUUAUACUGAUUCCAAGCCUCUACCACCGUUACCAGUACCUCCAUUUAACAUCCCACAAGCUGAAAUCUGCAGAUAUCUGGGUUUAGACUAUUGUUCAAUCAAUCUACCAGCUCUUUAUGUCGUCGGUGAUUCAAUUGUUGAUGCCGGUAACAAUAACUAUCUAGACACAGCAUCCAAAGCUAACUACGCGCCUUACGGAAUCGAUUUCGGAGGCGUCGCGACUGGACGUCCCACAAACGGAAGAACCUUCGUCGAUUUCAUCGCUCAAGUUGUUGGCUUGCCGUUUCCUCCUCCUGUUAUGGGAUUAUCUGAAUCCCAGAGGAAUAUCACUACUGGUUUAAAUUAUGGUUCCUCUUCUGGGGGGAAUGACCUUGUCUUGUAUUGGCAAUUUGGAAAGUUACCCGAACAGUUCUCUACCGCAAUAUAUGAACUAGGAGCAAGGAAAUUUGUUGUGAACAAUGCUUUUCCAUUCCGCUGUCAACCUGUCAAUCUUCACCAAAAAGCGAACAAGACUUCAGUUUUGGAAGAUAUGAAUGAAAGAGCAGCUUUAUUCAAUGGCUUUGCUUCAACAUAA